UCCUGGCCAGCAAGGGACAAGGAUUGGCUCCUGAGGCAAGGAGUGGUGUGGAGCUCUAGGGAGCAGAUAGGGGCUCCAGCCCAUUACCUGCUAGGCUGCAUGGGGCCAAAGGGGAAGUGGCCUAGGGAAACCGAGCAGGCAAGAAGGGAAGGAAGAAGGGCAGAGAGAGGCUGCUACUAGAGGGUCCCUGGGUCAGGGUCCAGAGUAGCUGGUGGGUGGGCCUGGGUUCCCCCUCUUUGCACUGCACCUAGCCAUUGAGGAGAGAGGCCGAGACAGACCGCAACUGACCCCUGAGAUAAGGGGCUAGACUACAGGGUUGCAGUUUGCCACCGAGGCAGGUGCAGACAAAAGGACUGCUAUUAACAACACCCCGCCCUCGCCCGGAAGAGGGUGAGACUGAAGCGGUGGGUACUGCCGGAGGGCAGUGUCCUGAAGCAGAUGAGGACUGUUUGGAAGAGGACGCUGCUGAGCAGGGAGCAACGUGGGUCCAAGGGCAGUAGAACAAAUGAUGGGCCCGACACCACAUGUUGAGGGCGCUCCGCAAUGGUCAAGAGCUAAUUCCCGGAGCGACCAACAGAAGGUGCCAGGGGUGCUUUUCCUUCCCUCCAUGAAGAAGAAGACAGCUCUGCUUGCCAGCAGCUCUCCGGAUGGGGACGUGCUCCAGGAUCACUGGCUUGUAGAUGACAUGUUUUCCUUUGAGAAUAUUGGGUUCACCAAGGACGUUGGGAAUGUAAAGUUCCUCAUAUGUGCAGACUGUGAGAUCGGGCCGAUUGGCUGGCACUGCCUGGAUGAUAAGAAGAGCUUCUACAUAGCCUUGGACCGUGUUUCUCAUGAGUAGCAUCCUGAGUGGAGCUCGGAGUCUCUGUGAGGCCAUCCCAGCUGGUGGCCAGGAUUCCUCAGUGCAGCCUUUCCACGGCUCUUAACACGUAUCAACAUGAAGCCAGAGGCACCGGCAUGUGGACUUAAGCUGUUAAGAUGAAUCCAUGACAUGUUCAUUUAAAGCAAUGGGCAAUUAUUGUUACAUUCAGUGCAUUACGGCUUCCUCUGCUCCUUCCUCCCAUUGUAACAUGGGGGUGGCGAUUCCACAGUCUUCCCAUUUCUGAUUUUUAGUCCUAACUCAUGGGCAGUCUCAUCUUGGUUCCCAAAGUGUAAAAUGUGAGCAUAACUCUUGUCACCGGAUGUUUUUCCCAUAGAAACUCAUGGUUUGUUUUUUAAUUUAAAUGUUGACUGGAAUAUGGAACAUUGGGAUGUAUUUCAGUAAACAAGCUUUCUCCAAAAGGGAGGAACAAACUCGGAACAGCACCUUUGAGAGGACAACUAGGUAGAUAGAACUUUGCCCAUUUUCUCAGGCAUUUUAUCCAGUUUUAGUGGUUUCUCACUAUAUUUUGGACUACAGGGUUUGUCCUUCAUGCCACAUGUAAAAAUUUACAGCCAGGGCGGCUUUCUCUCUCCUUUUAAAAGGUUACUUUCCCACUUGCAUUUACAGUUUGAAUUGUUCAUGGCCUGGCAAUGAAAGAUGGCCUGGGCUGGCACUGCUGUGGAGGUUUCAUUUUUCAGGAAAUAUAAGGGUGUUUCCUGUCUUUAAGAUAAAAUCUAUUGUCAAAUUGCAAAAAGUAAAUGUACUUGAACUGCUAUAAUCAAUAUUCAUGUUCAAUUAAAUUUAUUCCAUGUUUCUCAGU